AUGGCAAGCUGGGAAUAUACUCACAAAGAGUUUCCAAAGGUUCCUACCUUGGAAGAAGUAGAUAAGUCAGACGUGGAAGAUCAACAAGUUCGAGAAUAUUGGAUUAAAGUAAUGGAAAUUCGGUUGGUUCGGAAUCAGCUAAUAAAAUGUUACAAAACUGAGGGUGUUAAUCAUUAUAAGAAUUGUAAAAAGUUGGCAGAUCUAUACGUGGAACUGCUUAAAGAAUACAAUUCAAAAGAAAAGCGAUAA